UAAACCAUGUCCGGUGCUUCUCCAGCCUCAACCUCCAUGGCUCCUCCGCCGACCUCAGCCUCCAUGACUCCUCCGCCGACCUCAACUCCAAUGACUCCUCCGCCGAAUUCGGUUGUCGUAAAGCCGGUGAUUGUCAGGGUUAAGAGGAAGGCUUCCCAAGCUAGAAUUGACGGCUUCUGGUUGGAGAUUAAUGAAAAACCGCUUAAGAAACCAUUCUUGGAUCUUGAAAGUCUCUCUAUAUCUGAUUCCGACACAAAAAAAGAGGUGCUUGCGACUAAAAAAAUGUUGGUUCACCAUCUUGAGACAGUUGGACAGUCCCAGUCUAUUAAAGAUGCGUUGCAUUCUGUUCUGCAGCAAUCUUCGAAUAAUACACAAGAGGAGUUUAAGAGGAGAUCUAAGGAGCGUAGAAGUUUGCUUAAAGCCGAUAAGAAACAUGAUCAAUUGCUGUCUGUGGCUAGGAAAGAGCAUGAGGAUCUUGCUAGAAGUGCCCGAUUUGAACAAAUAUGGAAGAGAAGGCGAAGCAUAGAUGUAGAAGAAAGCUCUUUGCGUGAAGUAUAUCAUCUAUAUGAUGUUGUUCAAGUCGAUGCUGAGGAUGAAACUCGCCGAAAGCAAAAGCCCAUACAUGCUCCUGACGGUGAUGCUGCAGUUUUGCACAACUAUUUGCCACUUAUAAGAGAAUUCCUUCCAGAAGCUGCUGAAGAGAUUGAACAUGAAAUAGAGACUACCGAAGACAACUUUGUUUAUGACUUGUACACUGUCGGCUACAAUAUGGGCACAGGCACGGAUACAUCGGAGUAUCCACUUGUGCAGGUUGAUGAUGAUGAGUGUUACGAUGACCCACUACAAUCAGAUUAUGAGAGUGACGAUUCAAAUGCCGAGGACAAUCCAAGGAAUGAUUAUCCUGAUGAAGAGUCAUCGGAAGAUGUUGAGAAUGAAGACCCUUUCAUUGACUUGGAAGAUUCCAAUUCAGAUUAUGAACAAGAAGAAAUUUAUCGUGAAGAGGAAGAUGGAGAGAACUGGAGAUGGGAAUAUCGUUGAUUUGUUUACUAUGCAUGUGUGAAACUGAAGCAAUCAUUUCAGUGAUUGUCUCGUUAUGCUGUCCAUGUUUUGUCUGUUGAUUGUUGUUAACGGCUGCUCAAGUUGGCCGUCCUUGGUCGGUUUGACGGUGAAUGUAAUAGAAUACUGUCUUCAUCGCUAUAGAAACUAGUGUAGAUGAGCCAAGUUUGGGAAAAAUUCAAUUUCCAUGCUUGCAAUGCCGAGGCUAAUAAGCUACUGUAUUGUCUACCAUGUCACAUAUAAAUUACAAUCUCUUUUAGUUCAGUUAGUUGGAUGUUAA